CGGCACCAGACGCGUUGGCUCAUCGCGCGACCGAGGGAAGUUGCGCCGCGGGAAGUAACACCAACCAUCAACUCAGCUCAAGACUUCCAACGAUUUCGCCCACAAUCAUCUGAGGCGCGCGCUCUGACAUUUACGCCAACUCUACGCAGCCCCGAUCACACCCUACAAGGCUGGCGCAUGUGAAUUCCUUCAGCGCAAACCACCUCGCAGAGCUCCAAAGCGAUGGCGGAGGCCAACGGCAACUGGUCGGCGGACGCCAACGAGUCUCUGGAAUUGAGCCUUGUAGAGUCGUCCGCGGACGAGCUCAAUACUGUCGCGCGCUUCAAUCCUAGCUUCACAUACCCCAUCUUUGGAGACGACGAGCGCAUAUUCGGCUACCAGGAUCUUCGAAUCAGCCUCAGAUACCAUGUCGCCGACAUGCGACCACACCUCAAGGUGAAAUCUGGCAAAAAAUUCAAAUCUCUAGGCGCAACCGAGCCCACCGAUAUCGAGGGCAUCCUCCGCGAACAUCUUCCUGAAGUCGCCUUUUCUAGCAGUCGCGAUUUUGAGGAUGCCGUCCGCCAGCCCCCACAAGACUGGGUUCCUCCCGGAGAGGUAGUCUCCCAAUUCGAUGCGAAAGAUGGCGGCACCUUCGAGGUCCGCCGCGGCAGCCUUGCCGAUCUUGCCGCCAAGCAGAUUCUGAAGCGCAUUCAGAUUCUCGUCCUUCUCUUUAUCGAAGGUGGCAGCCCCAUCAACACCGAAGACUCGGACCUGGACCGAUGGGACAUCUAUUUCCUAUACCAUAGGAGCAACCAAAACGGCACCGCCCCCCGAUACCGUUUUGCGGGCUAUUCGACCGUCUACAAGUUCUUCCCACUACAGCGCUACCCUCUUGGCGUCAAGGCCGCGCCUCGUCAGGAUCUUGAGCUCCUUGCCCAGGAGCUUCCCUUGUCGGGCAUGCGCAGCCGCUCACGCAUAUCACAAUUCAUCAUCUUGCCCGCCUUCCAGAAGGCGGGCAAUGGCUCCCGCCUCUACCGCGCCAUCUACGAGCACUGUCUCCGUGACCCUCACGUCAUCGAAGUCACUGUGGAGGAUCCCAACGAGGCGUUCGAUGACAUGCGCGACGUCGAAGACCUUCUUAUGCUGCGGCAGAAGCCUGAGUUCACCGCGCUCGUGCUCAACACGGAUAUCCGUAUCCCAAGACAGGGCGCAGCACCCCGUGGCGUCGUGAAUGAAGUCAAGGCGGAGGAGACUCGCUGCCUCUACCGGAUCGCGCCGAGGCAAUUCGCUAGGGUUCUCGAGAUGCACCUGAUGUCCAAGCUUGCAGAUUCAGUCCGACCGACCUUGGCUGAGGAGACAGAUCUCCCAAAGCCCACCAAGGCUGAGACACACGAGUACGACUUGUGGAAACUAUUUGUCAAGCAGAGACUGUACCGCCACAACAAAGAGCUUCUGAGCCAGCUCGAUCGCUCGGAUCGUAUAGAGAAGCUCAACGAGACAUUGGGAAGCGUGGAGCUGGAAUAUGCCCGCUUGAUUGCCCUGGCGGACAGACGCGCCCCGGACAUGACGUCCAACGGGAAGCGAAAGUUGCAGGGUGAUGCGGACAGCGCGCCUCCUGCCAAAAAGGCUCGGGUCGAUGAUAGCUAGAAAUCCCGCCAUGUGCCACUACAGCCCGGCCUUUUGGCACGCUCAAAAGCGGAUCUCAUUGGAUCAGCCUGGCUGUCCGCGUCGUGGGAGGUUUCUGAAUGAGAGGACAGUGAGGUUUCUGGGUAACUCAGCAGGGGCCUAGCUAGCUCGGAUGGUCCGCGAGACUGUCUCUCGUGUUAUGUUUGUGUACGAUCCUUGCGAAUAAAGGAAGGACCUGGGGGAUAUUAGACUCGCCAUGGGUUUCUAUCAGUCCGGUCCGCGGCGUCGGAGUUUGGAAAUUUAGUCUAGUCUCGCUGGUUGGAGACUACUAGUUGACCGGGGAUGAAAUGAGAAUAUGAAAAUGGUGGCAUUUUGAACGCCAACGUAGGCGCAUGGCUUGCAACCCGGAUAGAUAAUGUCUCUAAUAUUUUUUCGUUUUGCUUCAUAUCUACGUGUUCC